AGUAAAUUUAUUUCAUUAUUAUAGUUAGACUAUUCUUAUGCAUUCAACUCGUUUUAUUUAUUUCAGAAAUGGUUCGGAACUACAAAAGAAAGACUGAACGUGGGUCAGCAACACCCCAACUAAUGCAGGAGGCUGCUGAUUUUGUUCGAAAUAAGAAUAAAUCAGUGAGAGAGUCCGCACAACUGUUUGGUGUCCACUACUCAACCUUACAACGAUUUAUUCACAAAACCUCUGGCAACACUGCUAAAAACAAUACACAUGUAGGAUAUGCCAAACCAAGACAAGUAUUUACAUGUGAGCAGGAAGAAGAAUUAGUAUCCUAUCUGAAAACAGCAGCAGCAAUUUAUUUUGGUUUUUCUCUGAGAGAAGUCAAGGAACUGGCUUUCAAAUGCGCCAAUGAAGCAAAGAUAGAAAUGCCUGAUAAUAGGCGCAAUGAUAAAUAUGCUGGAAAAGACUGGUUUUCAGGUUUCAUGAAGCGACAUGGACAAGAACUCUCAAUUAGACAACCUGAAGCGACAAGUUUGUCCAGAGCUACAAGUUUCAACAAGCAUAAUGUAGAUGAACAUUGGUUUUCUUCCACUUCUGCAUCAAUGGAACCCCAUCCUUCCUCUUCUACAGCCAGUGAACCCCUUCCUUCCACUUCAACUGCAGUAGGACCACAACCAGCAGUAGCUUCUUUCAUUACUGAUCAAGUUGAAACUGCAAAUGUUGGUGAGUCUUCCCUUUGCCCAGAAAAAAUCAUGCCACAUCCAAAAGCAACACCUCGGAAAAAGAAAUGUAAUACAGGCAGAAAAGCACGUAAAAGUGCCAUAUUAACAGACACACCUGAAAGAAAUGCUCUGUUUGCUGAAGCCAUUAAGAAAAAAAACAAAAAGAAUGAUGUCAAAGAAAAGAAAGCCACCAAGAAAAGGAAGCAGGAGUUUUUACACAAAGUUCGAUCCAAAAAACCUGUUGAAAAGUACGACAUAUCCAGCUCAGACGACGAAGACUGGUAUUGUCUGAUUUGUGUAGAACCAUAUUCCACUAGCAGGCCCCGGGAGAAAUGGAUUCAAUGUAGUACAUGCAGAGGAUGGUCUCAUGAGGAAUGUUUGGGAACAGAUGGAGGUAUAAUUUUAUAUUAUAUUUGUCAUAACUGUGAAUCUGAUGAUGAAUAAAUUUAAGGUUCAUCGG